AGUUAACCAAACCUAACUGCUACAAACGUACAAAACAUGGGUGCUAGUUGUAAAGACCAAAAGAAAGCGCUCGCUAUAUGUCUUCAAAGAUCCCCCUGUGUUCUAAUAGAACGAAACACUCCCAAGAAAUGUCUUACUGAUCCCGAACUAAAGAAAGAAUUACCCGAGUUAUGUGUGCAUAACUUCAUGGCGUAUAUGGAAUGCAGACAUGGGUUUUUCGAUAUGAGAAAACGUAUGAGAGGGAACGCCCCUAUGUCUACAGGUAAAUAUGAUGAUGUAUAUGAUCAUUUAUCCAGUGGAGAUUUCGAUGCUCAUGAAGAAAUGAAAAAGUUGGAUAUUUUGAAUAGAAACUUGUCUAAGCAGAGACAGUUGAAGGAAGAGCAAGAACGUUUGAGAUUAAGCGGAGAGUUGCGUUAAAGCGCACACAUAUAUAAAUCCUUGUAUAUAUAUAUAUAUAUAAAAGUCUGUAUGAACAAAAAAUAUUAAUGCUUUAAAAACUGGUCUCGCUCAGCUGUAAGUUGACUAAUAAACUUUUUGAAUAUCGGGUUGAACUUUGCCAAGUUGGAAAAUACAGAACUCAAGUCGAUGAGCUUGUUAAUGUGGGCAAGUAGUUUCUCUUGAUCAACAUUCAGAUCCAACUGUUGCUUGAUGGAGUCAAAUAACUCAUUCAAAGCCUCUUGAAAUUGUUCCACACUAUAUGAAUCAUGCCUGAGAAGUGAAUUAUUCACUAGUUCAAAGAUAGUCAACACUUUAGUUAGGUUUGCCUUGACUUGUUUCAAUUGGAUUAAGUCAUUAAUGGCUUCAUUUUUACCGUGAUUUAUAUCUAAUUUUUCGUUAAUGCCGUUCAAUUCUGCCUGUAACGAAAGUAUUGAGUUAUUGAGAACGUUAAUAUGGUAUUGUAAUCUAGUUGUUGACCCUGUCGACUCGUCAUCCCUGCUGUAUAUCAAUGUGUUUGAUUUGUUUAAUGCGUCCAAUUUGUGUUUUAAAUUAUUAUUUGAUAGUUCAUUGGUGUAGUAAUCUAAAUGUAUAAUCAACUGCGAUAUAUCAUUGGAUAAUUUAGAAAGUGAAUUCUUGGAGUAAGCUGAUAUCGGUGUGGCUGUUGUUGUAGUUGUAGUAGUAGUAGAAGACAAGUUUGGUGAGGUGGGUAGUGCUGAUGUAGGGACUGUGAUGGAUUGGACUAGUUUGUCGAUGUAUGCAGGUGGGUUGAAGUCAUUAUCAAAGAACAUAGUCAAUGACUCUUCGAUUGUAUCAUCUUGUUGUGACAUGCUGGUGUAGUUGCUAGUGGAGAGGGU